AUUACCGACAUGUGGUUCCCUUUUACUGCGACGACGUUGCCGUCGAGUUUCAAGCCAUCGGCUCGGUCUCAGUUUCUUGACAUUCAAUCGGUCGUCUUCUCGAAGGGUUUCAAGCUGGAGAAGGGCUCCAAUCGCAAGCAUGCCCACUUCUCCCAAAACGACGUGGUGCCAUUCAAAUCCAUCGCAAAGCUCGGCAUCGGAGCGCAUGGUGUGGUGGAUAAAGUCAUGAGCACGACCACGCAUCGGGAAUACGCGAGGAAACUGUUUCGGAGAGUCAAGGGCCUGAGACCUCAGGAUGUGAAAACAUUCAUCACCGAGUUAACCGUCCUCAAGCGGGUAGAUCAUAAGCACUGCGUGGAACUCGUGGCGAGUUAUUCCGACCCGAAGUUCUUUGCCCUCCUUAUGGAGCCGGUGGGAGAUUAUAAUCUUGCAAAAUACUACGAUGAGGCAAAGAACAACGCCGACAAGUUGUCGCUGCUUCGAAGUUUCUUUGGCUGCCUCGCAAACGCCGUACAGUACCUACACAACGAGAGGAUCCGACACCGAGAUAUAAAGCCGCAGAAUAUCAUUGUAAAAGGCGACUGUGUGCUCCUCACUGAUUUCGGUAUCGCCUUCAAUUGGGAGAAUCUCACUCGCGGAACAACAACGGCAGACUCAGGCAAGACACUCGCAUACGCGGCACCGGAGGUUGUGCGAGUUGAGUCACGGAACGAGGCAGCUGAUACUUGGUCUCUCGGCUGUGUGUUUUUAGAGAUGGUCACAGUUCUCAAAGGCAAGACCGUCGAGGACAUGCGGCGCCUUUUCCGAGCACACAGCGAAAACCACUACUUUCACGCAAAUCACGAGGGGAUACUCGAGUGGAUGGAGCAGUUGCAGGGCUGUGCUCCGACAACUGACAAUCCCGUGCUAGGAUGGGUCAAGAGCAUGCUCCAGCCUGACCAAGCAGCUCGCCCUACGGCAGCAGAGUUGACGGAGGACAUCGUGGAAGUAUCAACGCGGUGCACGGUCUUGUUCUGCGGAUCAUGCUGCCAUCAGGGCGCUGAUUCUUCGACAGAGAAUGAGGAUGACGGACAUUUGUGGGAAGACAGCGAUGAUUGAGAAGUAAUGUAAGAAUGAAGGGCUUGAGUUUUCCGCUGAUGGGCGGUUGAGGUGUAAAUCACGCCGCUACUAGGCAGCGUAUUAGG